GUCAAAACUACUCAAAAUCAAAACAAUGCAACAGGAUAAUGAUAAUGGUAUUAAAACUGUUCUGAAACUUUUGAAUAAUAAAAAAAAGUGGUAAAUAUGUGGUGCAUUUUGGACGAAACAACUUGAUUGGUGAUUGAGGUCUUUGAAUAUUAAAAUCAUGGCAGGAGUAGAAGAGGAAAUACCAGCGUUCUCAAUGUGGAAAAUGUUCAAUGAUACCAUAGCAGUUCUGAUUAGAGGAGACUGUUCUGAAAGUAGUGUCAAAAGGUUAGCGGCAAUAAUUCAGUCCAAGGAAUGCUCAAAUAUCUUUAUUUGUAUCAAAGAUGCUAAUGUAACAUUCCAACAGUACCAACAAAUCAGUGAAAAGUACAAGGCAUUCACUACUUGGCUACUAGGCCAGUUUUUUUAUUUACUGGGAUGUGAAAGAUUCUCGAAACUUCAUGAUAUUAUCAUAGAUACACAACUCUGUAUAUUGGAUCAGUUAUCUAGUACUCAGCUGAAUGUCUAUCAGGAGUUGUCCCUGGAAUAUAGUAAAGCCUUUGAUCUUGUGAUGAAUUAUUAUAAAACUCCAGUAGACAGGUUGUGCCUGGAAAUUUUUGUUCCUCUGACAUUUGAUGAUUUAAGUACAAAGUUGGAUUUGACCCAAGUAUACAUGGAAAUUAAUUCUAAGAAGAAUUCAGUGAUGGUACUGAGUAAACUGAUGAAAUUUGUCAAAUACAAAUUAAAGGAAAACUUCAUGUUUUAUAGUUUUGAUGAGUAUACAUACAAGCUAUUGGAUCAUCUGAUAUUUUUAAGCAGUGAAAUGGUUGAGGAAUUAUUGAUAGACACCAUGGAAAUCUUUACAGAACUUCUCCUUGAUACAUAUCAUAGAUUUGAAGAAUAUGAUGUGAACAUUAGAAGAACAUUUCAUUCAUUUGCAUCCUUAUUGGAGCAGUAUGUGUACAAAUUGUUUGAUGGAUCUACAGUGUUGAACAUCACAGACACAGGCAGGUUUGAAUCAUUACUGGUCAAAUAUUUGAAAAUGGAUGAUAACCUGAAAAGGAAUAUGAGUAAUGUUGGCAGAAUAAAUGAAUUCAUUUUCAAUACUAGUUUGACCAAAAAUAAAAUUUUACCUUCUGAGAAUCUACAAAUGUUAUCUGUUGAGUACUUGAGUAGAUUACCACCAGAUAUCAACUUCUCAAACCAUAUUAUACAGCAUUUCAAUUCAACAAAUUUCACAAUGCUUCAUUAUUUCAAAGACCAGAUAUGUCAUGACAUUUCUGAAUGUGAAAGUAUUUCACAAGGCAUAAAAGUUUAUGAUGGAAACUUCAGCAACAUUUGGAGACUACUUCAUGAUAAAAUUAUGACCAAAUUAACAACACUCACCUGUGACUAUGGAUGUGAAUUUCGUUAUUUCUUUCCAUUUUUCAAAGGCCUUUCAGAUAUGUUAAUUCAAAUCCAGUUAUCAUUAGUGAAAAACAAAGGUCACAAAUGUUUGUUGUACUAUUUUGAUGAGAAAGAGUUGUUGCUACAGUUUAUACUGAAAUUUUUGAGGCAUAUGAAUAAAUGUGAUGGAACCACUGAGGAUGUAGAUAAUGCAACACAUUUUUUAUUGUUGCUCAUGCUUCUUACUAGUUCAAGAAAUAUUGAUAUCAUAUUCAAUUUCGUGGCAUUUCCACUUCUGAAGGGUAUAUGCUACAAAAAUGAAAAUCAGUAUCCAGACAGUUUUAUUGCUGAUGGGUCUAUAGGGGAUGUGAAAAUGGCCAUAAGAUCAUUCUACAAAUUUUUGUCUGCCCAGAAUAUAAAGCAAUCCACAUGUUUGAGACAAAUAAAUAGAUUCUUCAGGAUUGUUUCAAGUGGUUUAUUGACCCUAAAUAGUACACAUAUCAAUUCCAUUGAAAUAUUGUAUGUGAAAAUUUGCAAGAAUUUAUUGGAAUCCACAGAUGAGGAAUGUAUUAAAAUAGUUGUUGAAACUUUUCCAUAUAUUUUCACAUUAUUUGAAGAUACUGAUGUUCUGAUGACUGAUAUUUUAUACCCUGUAUUUUCAAAACAGAAAGAGACUAUUUUACAAGAGGCAUUUCAUAUUUCAUCCACUGUGAUAUGCUGCUCAAGUUCAGAUUAUACCAAGGUUAUCAUGUGGAAUAAAACAGAGUCUAUGUUAGAUCUUAAAAUAUGCUGCAAAAAGUGCACAUUCUCCAAUAGAUUGGAUAUGAAAAAAAAUAUCAACAUUCUAGAAGAUCAAUUUGGAGAUGAUAUUGUAGGUUUAAAUUACACCAAAAUCAAUGUUGAUGAACGAACCAAUAACUUGAUGUUGAGGCAUGUACUUGCUUUUCUCAACAAAGGAUCCUCAAAUGUCAAGAUAGAGUGUCUAGGGGUAUUACCAUAUCUAUCUAGCCAUGCUUUACAGUUUCAUUCACCAGGUGUCACUAAAAUUUGGAUAGAAAAAGCGGGUGAUCUGAACAAAGAUGUAAGAAAGUCAUUUUCUGACAUCAUCUGUUCCACAAUAGAACAUUUCCAGGAAAAUACAAUUUUAUCUACAAAAAUCAAAACGGAAAUACUAGAUAUUAUAUUAACAUAUUUACUCACUCUGACAAAAAAAUCACUGAAACAUUCUGAUUUUGAUUUACAAGACACCAUACUGAGUACAAUCGAGAGUAUAAUUAGUAUCAAGUGUGAACAAAUCAUUCUAGACACAAUGAAGAUUCUCUUGUACUUCAUAAUGAUACCAACCUCAAAAUAUCCUUUGAUAGCUGUUAACAAAUGUUUCAAAUUGGCCAAACGAAAUGAAACCAGUACUACUACCAUCUAUAGUCAGAACAAGAAAGAACUGUGUGAAGUUAUUGUACAGUUGUGUACAGUGAAUCAAGCUUUAAUAAAUUAUGGAUUGUCUACAUCUCUACAGAAGGUGUCUUUGAUGCUUGGUUUCUAUGGUUCCAAAGAAUUUGUUACUCAAGAGAGUAACCACUUGUUACCAUUCUUUGUGUCAAAAAUUGUUAAAAUGCCUGCAGCAACUAGACUCAUUCUGGAAAUGUCAACACUUAUGGAAACUGAUGUUUCUGAGCUGUUGUCUAUGAAGUAUGGAUACAUUUUCAUUUAUGUGUUUUUGGAAAUGUCUAAUGAAGAGUUCAAGAAAUGCAUGCUUUAUUUAGAAAAAUCGACUAGUUCAAGUGGUCCUUCAUUGCGAAAAAGAAAUUUCAGGAUAAUCCUCAAUGAACUUCUGCUGAAUUUCCAUGAGAAAAAAGAUAAAGUGGCAUUGGCUCUGAAACUUCUAGCUGACGAAGAUACAGAGACAAAAUCAAGCUCAAUACAGGAUUAUUUGCAUUCACAUUUUCUUGGAGUGCUGCUUUAUUUUGAUGUCAAGUUAAUUUCCAAAAAUAUCAGAAAAGAUAAAUUUCUUCUUAGUUUGGCGGAUUUAUUCAGGUUCAUGGGCUCGAAACAUAUAAUGCCUCUACGUUUCAAAAUAAUUGCCAUGCUGCAGACAACGAAUUAUGGUAGCUUUCCCCUACUAAAUUGUGAAGUUUGGAAUGCUUUCAUACAUACUUGCGAUAUCGAAUCUCUAGGGCCCCAGUUGGCACUCAUAUUUGUAUCCAUUUUACCAUUACUUGAACAUUGCCCAAAAGAAGUGAACGGAAUCUUCAACUAUCUUUUAAUAAAAAAUGAAUCCAAGUUGAAAAACUAUAUCCCAGACUUAUUUUUCGUCAACGAUGCGAAAGUGGAUCAUGAGAUAUUGCUACUGAUCAAGAAACACUUGAAGCCCAUAGAAAAAGGCACGCUCAAUGAAAAAAUCCAAAAAUUUCUAAAGUAUCUGACACACGAGUCUGUGGAGGUUCGCAUCCAAGGUUUGAAGUAUUUGAAAGGCUAUUUGGAACAAAGUAGGGAAGAGCUGGAUCAGAUGAUUCUCGAUUAUAAUGGGAUUAAUCCAGUCAUCGUUGAACUAAUCGAUAUAAUAACGUUGGGAUGUAGGGAAAAGGAUGAAUCGCUGAGGCUAGCAUGUGGUGAGGUUAUGGGAGAAUUAGGUGCUAUUGAACCCAGUCAUUUGCCAAGAAGGUAUACACGUGAUGAGAGGUCAUUUUCCUUUUACAUCAAUGAAGAUUCCUUUAUUGUCAGUUCUCUAAAUGAAUUGAUCAAAGCACUACAGACAGAAAAAAACACACAGAGUAUGGACAGGUACGCCCUUGCCAUACAGGAAAUUCUGAAAGGGUACGAAAUUUCUCCAGAUAACAGCAGUAGCAGAUUUGAUCUAUGGAAUCAAUUUCCUGAAACACAGAAGGAGGUUAUGUUGCCUUUGCUCUCUUCAAGAUAUAUGAUUGCCCAUUCAGUAUUACCUAGUAAUCUUCCUACACCUAUAUAUGGUUCAAACUCUGGAGCAUCUUUUCAUUCUUGGUUAUACAAUUGGACUUCAAGUUUAAUAUCCGUGCUCCCCGAUGAAAGGAAGGUAUUAUUGAAAGUAACUUUACCGAGUAUGAAGCAAGACAAGCGGAUUUUAAUGCAUUUUUUGCCACAUGUCCUACUUCAUGCCUUACUGGAAGGUAGUGACCGAAUAGCUGAGAAAUGUUUCGUUGAAAUUAUCACUAUUACUAGUUCUUUUUCAAAGAAGAAAUCUAUGGAUGAAAAAGUACUCAAUCUUAGACCUAUUCCAAUUCCUGGUUUGGCUGGUGAACCGCAGGUCAUCACCCCUGAAGAAGUCAAGCAGAUGCAGUGUACCAAAGUUGUGUUUAUAUUGUUAGAUUUCUUGGAUCGUUGGGUCAGAGAAUGGCAAUGGCAAAAAGGUUUAGCAGGAAGGUCUAAUGAACAUUUCCAAAUAAUCAAAGGUUUUCAAAAAGAACUCUGUAAGCUGCAACUGGCCAAAUGUAACUAUCAUUGCGGAGAAUAUCCUAGAGCACUGAUGUAUUUGGAGGACUAUAUAGCAGAUAAUAAAGCUGAGAUAUACAAUAACCUUACUUUCCUGGCCGAGAUUUAUGCACAAUUAGAAGAACCAGAUGGAGUUGAUGGUGCAACAGCCCUCCAACUGAACGAACCCUCUGUAGAAGAAAGAAUCCUCGCUCUUGAAGUUUCUGGAAAAUUAGCAGAUGCGACAACUUGCUAUGAACAUAUGCUUCAGCCACUCAAAUUAUAUCAUAUUCAGGGUUUGGUACAGUGCUAUCUAGAUCUGGACAAUGUCAACACUGCUCUGAAUUUCGUUAAAGGGGCGUUACACAGUCAGCCUGAUUUUGGCAAUAUGCUCCUCGAAAUGCAAGCCGAACCGCUAUGGCGUCUAGGCCAAUAUGACGAACUCGGCUGUUUACUGGAGAAGCCGGAUAUGCUUGGGAACAAAAGCUGGGGUGCUCAAGUCGGAAAAGCGUUGAUACAUUUCAAAACUGGUGAAAGAGAGGAAUUCCAAACCACUCUGAAUGGUUUGAUGAGACAACAGGUGAUGUCGUUUAGCGCUGCUAGUCUAGAAGAAGGCGCUUAUCAACACGGCUAUGGCUACGUAUCGAAACUGCAUGCUCUGAACGAACUACAGCAAGUUGAAAAAGUCGUGUCCGAACUUUUGCUGAAGCCUAACGAUAAACAGUAUGCCGAAAACCUGAUGAAAAAGAUGAUGAAUGAGUGGACAUUGAGGAUCAAGGUAGUGGAGGAAUCAGUUCGUAUAAUAGAACCUCUGUUAUCUACGAGAAGGGUAUCAUUGAACCUUGCUAAAAAAAUUGCAGAAGAAAAGAUUCAGGGAGCUGUUCCAUACUUGGAUUCUUUGCUGGGAGAGUGUUGGCUAUUAAGUGCUAAAAUUGCAAGAUCUGCUGGAAUGCAUCAACAAGCAUACACAUAUAUCGUAAAGGCAGAAGAGUAUGCGCCCAAAACUCUGUUUUUGGAAAAGGCAAAGCUUCAUUGGCUUAGGGAAGAACAUGAACAGGCAUUGACAACUCUGAGAAGAGGUCUUGAAGUACUUAUUCCAGAAGGGAAUUCUCCUGCACUUUCACUUGAACAAAGAAAACUCUGUGCAGAAGCUAAACUAUUGAUAGCAACCUACAAUGAUGAAAUUUCUAAUGUAGAUGCGGAUGUAAAUUUGCAUAACUAUAGGAAAGCUGUGGAAAUGUUCAAGGAAUGUGAGAAAAGCUUGGUAUGCCUUGCACAAUACUAUGAUAAAUUAUUUCAAAACUAUAGUGACACGGAACGUGACAGUCCCAAAGGCAGUGCAGUGCAACUGCACAUGAUCAAUUUCUUUGGCAAAUCUCUACAAUACGGGACAAUCUACAUAUAUCAAUCGAUGCCACGUCUUCUUUCCAUUUGGUUCGAUUAUGGAACAAGACUGCUAGAUGUCCAGAGUUCUAUGAAAGAUGAGAGGAAAAAUACUCUGCUGAGUAUGACUAAAUUAAUUGAUUCUUAUCUGGAUAGGUUGCCGGCUUUUGUGUUUCUGACUGCAUUUUCUCAGCUGGUGUCAAGAAUUUGUCACCCACAAAAGGAGGUAUAUAUAAUGCUGAAAUCAAUAAUAAUAAGGCUAGUUCAGCAAUACCCACAACAAAGUUUAUGGAUGAUAAUUUCUGUCAUUAAGUCCAGUUAUUCAUUGAGAUCGAAAAGAUGUGCUGAAAUUUUGUGUGAUCCUCGAUUGAAAACGAAUACUUUAACGAAACUCGUAAAAGAUUUCACCAGUUUUGCAGAGAAGUUAAUCGAAUUGUGUAAUAAAGAAAUUCCUACAGAUGUGAAUAAAACUAGUGUCAACUCUCUGCUGAGAGCGCUUCCAAGGUUACUAGCAAAAGACGAUUUCAGUGAAAUAAUGAUGCCCACUUUCAAAUUCAGAAAGCUGAUACUUCCCAACCCGGAUUUUUCAAGUAACCAGCACAACCCCUUUCCGAAUUUGUAUGUUCAUAUUGUGGGAAUAGACGAUGAAAUGAAUAUUCUGCAGAGUUUACAGAAACCGCGUAAAAUUUCAUUGAAAGGUUCUGAUGGAAAAAAGUAUGUUUACAUGUUGAAGCCGAAGGACGAUUUGAGAAAAGAUUUCAGACUAAUGGAGUUUAAUGAUAUCGUGAAUCAAUUAUUGGCAAGAGAAGGGGAAGCUCGACAGAGACGGCUGAAUAUCAGGUUAUAUUCCGUAGCACCUCUGAAUGAAGAAUGUGGACUGAUAGAAUGGGUUUCCAAUCUUGUUGGUCUCAGGCCUAUAUUAGUAUCAUUAUACACACAGAGAGGUUUGGUGAUGAAAGGCAAGGAUUUAAAAGAGGUUUGUUGUAAUAAUCGCGACUCCCUCGAGAAGAAAAGAGAAGUUUUCACAAAGAAAGUACUGCCGCGUCAUCCUCCUAUAUUAGGUGAAUGGUUCAGAAAAACUUUUCCAGAUGCUCAGAGCUGGUUAACUGCUAGAACUGCUUAUGUAAGAACUACUGCCGUUAUGUCAAUGGCAGGGUAUAUUCUAGGGUUGGGAGAUCGCCACGGUGAAAAUAUUUUACUAGAUUCCACUUGCGGUGACGUAAUGCACGUGGACUUCAACUGUUUAUUCAAUAAAGGUGAAAAAUUCGACUGGCCCGAAAGAGUCCCAUUCAGGUUGACGCACAACAUGGUGGCGGCUAUGGGGCCUUUGGGAGUCGAGGGUGUCUUCAGGAAGUCGUGCGCUUGUACUCUGAGAGUGCUACGAAUGAAUGCGAACACCUUGAUGUCCAUAGUUGCCCCAUUCGUAUACGACCCUUUGGUCUCGUGGACCAGAAAUGUCCCUGCGUUGACGAGCUUGCAUACUGCUGAAAGAACAAAUGAAGAGGCUGUCGAUCACAUUAGAAAUAUCGAACAUCGGCUACAGGGUAAAGUGAAAACUAUGUACAGGACGAUAGUGACGCCAUUGUCGGUCGAAGGACAAACAAAUUAUCUUAUAAACGAAGCUGUUAGUGUUGAUAACCUAUGCCAAAUGUAUAUUGGCUGGGGUGCUUAUUAUUAGUUUUUGAUAUUGUACAUGAAGUGUUAUUUCGUUAUGAGAUCUGAAUAUAUUUUUUUACUUAUUGGUAAUGAA